AGCUUGUGUGUAUACAUAUUUCCAAGUCAUGCAGAGAGGCACGAUGAGAUAUUUGCUAAUUCAGUAAGUUUAAUUAUUACAGUGUGGACGGAUGUGGGAUCAACCACUUUUAACCCAUAAGCACUCUCAAUUUGAUAACCAGUUAAUUAAUUGCUCUCCCACAGACAAAGUAUCGACUAAACCACACAGUUAUCUUUACUGCAGAGUUGCAUGCAUCCAGAAAUUAGCAUAAAUAUUUUACUAAAUACAUAGUUUGCUUACAUAUGUAUAGCAAAUAAUCAUUUAGUUACAUUUUUCCAGAUGCAUGUAUAUGCAUACUUUAGUCAAUGAUCUUUCUAAUUCCAACUAUUUAAAAUCCUGAGAUAAUAUCAAAAGAUGUCUCAUGGUCAAGACAUGGGUCGACCUUUUCGUACUAGUGUACCGAGUGAAAAGAGGAUUUUCUUUGUAGUUAUCGUAUCUUUGAGUAUAUUUAGUUGUCUGAUUGCGGGACAGGAACUAGGACACGAAGGCUCAUCGGCAAUACUAAGUGACUCCAUUGCGAUAUUGCCUAAAAACGAGCCGACUUUUAACGUCACUUUCGCCAACAUCAAUAUUUGUGCUGAUGGAGAUAAAUUGUCCUUGGUGUACUGCAAUUGCACGGAGCAAGUUGCAAGCUGCGAUUUCACCAAGUAUCCUGGAGCAUUGGAAAAUAGAACAGAACUGGGUGUUUUUGUGGACGACAUGAAGCACAGAGUGAAACGACUCUGCAUUUGCGGUGGUCCGAGACAUGUUCGCCUCAAUGUAACUCGCAAAAUGAAGAGCACGAUGAACAACAACUUGGGAUCACUUCAUCGCGUCGACAUUUACAACAUUAGUGGACCCCUUCUGAUCACUGAAGCCUUCCAAGCACCUUUCGCCGGUGACUUUUACAUCAUGAACGUGAAGGAGCUCUACUCGUUGAGAACAGAAGAGUUCAACCGAGGAAGUGACAUGAAGAUUGAAAAUGUUCAGGAUCUCGAGUGCUGCUCAGAAAUCAAGGUGUCUCAGCUUCAUUCCAAACCUACGUUUUACAUGGACUCGGUCCGAAUUGAGAGAAUCUACACUCGGAGCAUAAGUAGUUAUCAUGUAUGGCGAACUAUAAUACUGAAACACUCGACGGUUAAGCGGCUUUAUCAGAGAGGGAUCGCCCUCGAGUCAACGACGGAACACGUGAACGUGAGCAUUACCCACUGCAAGUUUGACAAUGUUUCCAACCAAGGGAUUGUUUUGGAAGAUUUUCAUAACGCAUUCAUCUCGAAAAAUUAUUUUGGACCAUUUACAAAUUCUGCUGCCAUUGAGGCUACGUCCAAAUUUGAAAAUUCCUCUCUGAUAGUUUUGGACAAUUGGUUCAAUAACGAGUUGGUGCUAAAUAUGACUGCUCAUCGAGUACUCAACUGGUUCAAUUUGUAUAAUCUCUGGGAUUACUGGACGUUUGCAUUUUAUCCAGACCAACCUUAUGCUGAUGCAAUAUAUUCCAUCGAAUAUAACACGGUCCAGCAUUUAAUGAUGAAUGAAAGUGACCCUAUGUCAUCGCUGAAUUCAAGUAUGCUAACUCAUGACAAGGUCAUAUUCCACGAAAAUGUGCUCGGGAGCUGCAACUGCUCCCUUGUGUAUGGGACCUUUCUCCCAGAACGAAUUUCAACCCAUACCAGCCGUUGCGAUUCGCUGCCAUUUACUGAGACACCGGUUGAACCAAGUCAGAGUGAAAAUUGUCUCGUGGAUUUCAAGUCGGUAAUGACCACUUGCACGGAUCAAUCCAAAGAGUUGAAUCCAACUCAACUUUGUAAAAGUCAUGGCAUCAAAAAGCCCAGCUUUAGUCUGAACACCAUGAAGAAGUUGGCCUUUCAAGCUACCGGGUUUAAAAUCAUUUCUCCAUUCAUUUCUGAAAUGUUGAAGGAACUGAAAUUCAGAUUCUUUAUUCACAAAGUUUUUCACCACUCUGAGGAGGACGAAGAGAAACAAUAUUCUCAGCACGGCGAUGAUGAUGAUGACGAUGACGCUUCUUUUGGGAACAAAGAAGACCAUUCGGCGUCACAUGCAGGAUUAGUAACAUUUUUUAUAUUAUUAUCAAUCACAAUUCUUAUUGGUGGACUGUUCGUUUUGGUGAAACAACGAAAAUUAAGGAGAAUAAUUACUCGCGACUCCAGGUGUGAGUCGUACGAUGUUUUAACCACCUCAACCUGAGAGAUUUCCAAGAGAGUUCUUUCACCGGUGCAUAAUUAUAAUAUGUUCCAUUGCAUUAAUAAUAAAUAAAUACAUGCAAAUGAAAUAUAUUGCACGUUAGUUGAAUAGCCUUGCAAAUUUCGACUCAAAUAUUGUCAUAAAUGUCAAAAGCACAUAUGCACAUAUGUAUUCAAAUAUAUCCAUGAAUUUUUAUGCCGUAAUAGAUAUUCUGCAUUUGUACCAUACGACAAAAUAUAUCUUGGAAUAGACUGUUUCUUUCGCGAGGAUGCUUUUUGGACGUGGGAAAACAACUUUUGAACACUCAUCCAUGCCCACUCUCGUUCUGUUUUUCUCUCCUCUUGUUUACUCAAGUCGAAUAAUUAUACUGGAGAAUUAAUUAUAAAUUAUAACAAAUGUUCCAAAUAAUUAAUAAACUUCAACCUUCCUUCUUUAA